UGUCCGGCAAGAAGUGACGGGUAGUGUGAUUGACAGGAUACGUGAAAAAUGGAAAAGGGAAGAGAUAUUUGUUUAAAUUUUAAUCAGAUAUGCCGCUUUUGUUUAUCUCAAGGAGGUGUAAUGUCAGCAAUAUUUGCAGAUUCUGGUCAGGAGAUUACUUCUCUACCAACUAAAAUCAUGGCGUGUGUUUCAAUUCAGGUAUUUGCAGGAGAUGGCCUCCCUGCACUGAUAUGCCACCGAUGUCUGUACCAAAUUGAGAGAUCCUUUGAAUUCAAGGAGCAGUGUGAGCAUUCAGAUGCCACAUUACGACAGUACCUCAAGAGACAGAAAGUCGGUGACAGCUGUCAGGUAGUGACAAUUAAGCAGGAGACUGUUCAAGAAGACUCAAGUCAUGAUAUAGAAAAUGGAAUGGUACCUUUAGUAUCAGACUGCAGUAGUACCAGAGAUGAUAACAUGGGUGCAAAACAAAAUGAAAUGCUGUAUAAAGCGGGUCCCCAGCUAUUAGACAUUGAGCCGUCCAGUUUGCAAGGAGAUAAACCCUCAGCAGCAGAGUGGACAUACGGUCUGGAUGUGGCCUCAAAUAAUUUCCUGUUUGAAAAGAGAGAGGGUCUGUUUCAUGCAGGGAAUCUUGUAUUUAAACCUGAAGAUAUUAACUCAGUAGUCGUGGUUGUGGAUCCAUACUCCUCCAUGGACAUUAAUUCCAUGUCUGAUGAUGACAACUGUUCUGAGGGGGACAAGAGUGUCAAGCGUUUGGAUGUUGGUCUGAAAAGCUCUCGUUCAAAAAUUGCAAACCGAACUGUGAAUUUCAAACAUGGCAAGAAGUUGUCAGUUGUCACCAAGGUGGCUGGUGAAAGACCAUUUACAUGUCCUGAGUGUGGGAAGACAUUUGCUCAGCGUGCCCAUCUGGCACGUCAUGAACUAGUGCAUACUGGUGAACGUCCAUUUGGAUGCAGUGUAUGUGGCAAGGCAUUUGCUGACAGUUCAACAUUGACAACACAUAUACGUACUCAUACGGGUGAACGUCCAUUUGUAUGUGAUACAUGUGGUAAAGCAUUUGCUGGACGUUCAGAUCUCCGAAAACAUGCCAUCAUCCACACUGGCCGACGGCCAUAUGUGUGCAAUGUCUGCUUGAAAGCUUUCACACGCAGUGCCAACUUGAAGAAACAUGCACGGAUCCACAGUGGUGUACGACCUCAUGCUUGCAGGGAUUGUUCAAAGACAUUUGCAGCCAAGGGUGACCUGACCCGCCAUGCACUGAUUCAUUCUGGCUGCAAACCAUUUGUCUGCACUGUCUGUAAUGUGGCUUUUGCUCGUAGAGACAAGCUGACACGACAUGAGAAGACGCAUGGCCGGGAUGAGCUGUCUUAUGUAUGACAGGCUUAGUUAAAUCUAUGCUCAUCUCUUUGGAGGGAAGGGUUUAUUGUACCAAUUCAAGAGUAUUAUGUUUUUUUUUCCCACAAUCAUGGAAUGAUGUGUAUUUAUUGCUUGCCUGAUUUGGGGAUUCCAGUUAGACUGAAAGUUGAUUUUAAGUGAUAUUAGACAGAAGUUGAUGAUUUGUAAGUUGUUCCUACAGAAUAUUUUUAGUCUGUAAAUUUCUGUUAUUUUUUCAUUUUGAAUGUUUUGUUUCUGUGCACUUCAAGGAGUGUGUUGUGUUUGCAUGCUUAAAGGAUAGAAAUAUUUGUACUGCAUGAUAUGAAAGAAGUGCAAACCAAUGGCUGGUGCUAUGAAGAUGAAGACUGAGUUUUUUGAAAUGCUCAAAAUUCACUGAAUGAAAUUUAAUUCAGACUUUUAAGACUUAAUUUUUUUCUAAAUUUAAGGAACUUUAGAACAAAAUACUGUGGCUGUGUUUGAAGUAUUUUAUGUGUGACACAGCUAGCUGUGUUGUUCACUGUAGUCAUAUCACAUGUGUUCAAUUUUUCAUUCACAUGUUUUGUGUUGUGUUCCCUUUAGGGCAUCUCAGGUCACCACAAAUGUCUAUGCCAGUGACGUAAAAACAUAGCUUAAUUUGACUGUAACCUAUUACAGCUGGAUCUGAUGCACAUAAAGAUUAGAAUAUAAUUUUGAAGAAUGUUGCCCUCUUGGUCGUGAUAUCAUGCUUUCUGAUUAGAUGUUUACUAAUGCUUUGGAGGAACAUUAUGUCUCAAUUUUUAGGGCAGAAGGUGAUGAACAUAAUACCACUAGAAGAAUCUUACUCUUCUACCAGUAAAAGAGUCUUAUUCUUCUUCCCUGAAGAUAGAAGUAGUUUGUUUCUCUAAAAUGUCAGUGGACAUCUGCCAUAUUGAACAACAUCAUGUCCCAGCCCAGAAGAAAAUGUGCUUUACAAUCACAGCCAUGUGAUCCUCAAAUCUCACAAAAUAUAAUCUUGUUUAAGGUGACCCAGAUAGCUACACAAUUCAUUGUAACCAUACUGGCUAUGUUCUGUUUUGCACUAACAUGUAUGGUUUUCUUUUUUUCUUUAGUCUGCCUCAAAUUUUGCACCUAUUAUUAUUUUUUUUAUGGCUAGUGGGGUGGGACUAAGUCCCUUGUACUGCAGCCACUUCUGGCCUAUUG